UAAAAAUGUCGUCUACAUCGAAUACCAUGAAUAUAUAUAAAUAUAAAUUUGAUUGCCACCUGACACGGGUUGUAAUUUACAAAAGUCAACAAGACAAUGAUUAAUUUAUUUUAACGUUAAAGUCGCUUAUUGGAAAAAAAUAUGAGCAUUGGAGAACAUUAAUCACAUAGAAGUAGUCGAUGUUAAUAGAAAAUGGUUAACUGUCGAUGUGUAAUUCAUUGUAGUAAUGAAUGUUUCAUUGACAAAACAUAAUUCUCAAUUCUUUUCAAUCAGUAUUUCAAACCAGAGAUUAUCUGCUGUAAUUGAAUGAUCCUGAAGUUAAUCGUGAACUAAAAAUUUUCGGAUUUUUUUUUCAAUGAUUCCAUUUGAAAGCAUAUAUCUUAAGGUUUGAUAGUUGACUUAAGAGUCAGUACAUUGAAUAAUAAGAAAAUUGUCAUUUUGUGCAGUAUAGCAUGGAACAUUGAAAAAUAUCAAAAAGAAAUUAAUAUGUCAUGUUUAUAGCCUUAUUACAAAGACUUGAAUAUUGGCGCUUCUUGUAAACUCAAUUUAAGCAAAUAUAUGGUCAAUCCGCCGACGAUUGCAUGACGACCAACCUGGUUUCAUUGCUAAUUGCUUAUAAUAAGGAUUUUGCUAAUUUAAACAUGGGUCAGCCUCACUUCUAAACAUUUACAAAUUUUUUUUUUCAACAAAUUGAUUACAAACAGAAGCAACCAAAAAUAUGCACUUGUAGAAAAUUUAAAAAAAUAUAAGUGCAAUUUUUUCAAAUGUUUUUUUUUUAAUUAAUUUAUCAUUUGGAAAAAAAAAUCAGAAAACUAUUAGACGUCAGCUACUUUUAGUAUCAUAGCUAACUUCAGUAUAAUUAAUUUGACUAUUGGAUAUCCGUCCCAAAAGUCAAUCAUUCCCUACAUUACUAUCUGAAGUUAUCGCCAUAAUUUUUUUUUUAAAUCAGCAAACAUAUUAAAGAUGGCGUCAGUAGUAAAAUGACAUUUUUCAAACCGAUUAAUCAGAUUUAGAUUCCACAAAUUUUUUUAUUCGAUUACUUGAAAACGUUCUAAUAAAUAAAAUAUUUAUAGUAAUGUCUAAUUUAAAUGACACUGAGUAUACACAUACUGUUUAUAAAAAUAACCCGCUGCUUUUCAAAAGUUACAUAAAUAAACAUGUGAUAAUAACUGCCGAUGACUCAAGUGUUCAUCAAGGAAUUGUUUACACCGUAGACCCGGUGUCCGAAAGUGUUAUUUUAUUAGAACCAGAUAACGAUGGAAAAUUCAAUGGCAAAAUAAUAAUUGGUCACUCGAUUCGUAAUAUUGAAGUAACAACAACCGCAGGAAUCGAUUUACCAGAUUUGUUUCCAGCAGUUGAAAAAAAAUUAACAGCCGCUGAAUUAACUGAACGCCGUGAAAAAAUAAAACAAUUAUUGACUACCAAUCUCCUAAAUCCUGUUGAAAACAACGGGGUCCUAGAAAUUCAAGGAAUGUUUUCAAUAGAACCACCUUAUGAACGAGAAAAUUGCAUUUGCACCAACCCCGUGGUCAUGAGUCGGUUACUAAGUAUCAUUUUUCCAGACUCUAUAAGUUAAUUUAGUUUAAUUAUAAAUAAAUUAAUUAAUUAGUUGAGUUAUUAAUAAAUUAGUUAAAUUAAUUGUCUUGAUUCAGCAUUUUAAUGUGCAUUUUGAAAAAAUUUUAAUUAUUACAACAAAAUAGUCUAUAUAUUUUAUACAUUUAUAUAUAUUUUAA